AUCUCCAUAUGUGGAUAGCAGGCAGCAUGAAAAUGUCUUUACCUUUUUCUAUCUCUACUACCAUCCUUCUCCUUCUAAUUCCUGGAGUUUUUCCAGAAAGAAUUAUAGGAGGAAAUAAAGUUCCACCUUAUACGAGACGCUACAUGGCUCUGAUCAAAGGGCUGCAAAUGUGUGCAGGGGCUUUGAUCAAAAAAAAUUGGGUGUUGACAGCUGCUCACUGUGACCUGAAAAACAAAGCUCAAAUUAUUCUUGGAGCCCACUCUAAAUCCGAUAAAGAGAAGCUUGACCAAAUAUUUUCCAUUAAAAAGGCAAUUCCCUACCCAUGCUUUGAUCCACAGUCAUUUGAAGGGGAUCUUCAACUCCUUCAGCUGAAUGGUACAGCAAAUAUGACUAAAGCCGUAGAAAUACUUCAGCUACCAAAAACAGAAAGAGAUGUCAAACACAAUACUUCGUGUCAUGUUGCAGGAUGGGGAAGCACCAAAAAAGAUUCUUGCAAGAAUUCAGAGACCUUGAGAGAAGUCAAUGUCACUGUGAUAGAUCGAAAAAUAUGCAAUGAUGAAGAGCACUAUAAUUUCAUGCCAGUUAUUGAUAACACCAUGAUCUGUGCUGGUGGUAGGAAAGGUGAAGAUGAUUCAUGUGAAGGAGACUCUGGAAGUCCUCUGAUAUGUGAUAAAAUUUUCAGAGGUGUCACUUCCUUUGGGAAAUGUGGUGACCCCAAGAAACCUGGCGUCUACACUCUCCUUACAAAAAAAUAUCUCAACUGGAUUAAAAAAACCAUUGCAGGAACCAUCUGACAUUUCUUUUUCAAAGUAGAGAAGUGCGGUUACCACCUGCAGAUGCCAAGCAAGUUAUUCAUGUAACCUGUUCUCAGAAGUACCUCACUGACCCUCCUAAGUUUGUAUACAGUCUAUCUGAAGCAAAAUCAUCAGUGAAAGAAACAGCUUCCUGCUUUCACCCUGACACGACUAGUAACAACUACAUAUUCACACUUACUCUCUUUCUACGGCAAGAGAUGGCCCUUGAGAAAAAGUCCCUUGAUUCAGUAACUCUUUGCUUUAUUCAAAAUUUGAGGACUAUCGCUUUUGUGUUUGCUAUUAAAAACAAAAGUCAAAACAAGA